CCGGCCAUGUCCCUCGGCCGCCGCCGCCGCCGCUCGAACGCGGCGCUCCCGCGGCCCAGCGCGCAGUGAGCGCGGGGCCCUCUCGCCGCUCGCCCGCCCCGGGGCCCCCUUGUUCUCAGCGCCGCCGCCGCCGCCGCCAUGUUGGGUUUAGAGCCGCAGCGGAGCCGCCGCCGCCGCCGCCGGUGAGGGAGGCCGAGAGCGGAGCCCGCCCCGCCCCGGGGCCCAGGGAGCGGGGCAGCCUCGGAGCCCGGCCUCUCCCCGCCAGCCGCCUUCCCGGCCCUCCCGCCGUGCAAGCCAGCGAGCGAGCGCCGGGCCGCGGCCGCGCCUUCCGCUCCCGGCCCGAGCGAGCCCGCCGCCCGUUCGUUCCCCCGCCGCCGCCGGGCCCGGCCAGAGCCUGCAGCGGAGCCCACGAGAGUCAGCGCCAUGGCGGAGCAGACCUACUCGUGGGCCUAUUCCCUGGUGGAUUCCAGUCAAGUGUCUACAUUUCUGAUUUCCAUUCUACUUAUAGUCUAUGGUAGUUUCAGGUCCCUUAAUAUGGACUUUGAAAAUCAAGAUAAAGAGAAAGACAGUAGCAGUUCUUCUGGGUCUUUCAAUGGCAACAGCACCAAUAAUAGUAUCCAAACUAUUGACUCUACCCAGGCCCUCUUCCUUCCAAUUGGAGCAUCUGUCUCUCUCCUAGUAAUGUUCUUCUUCUUUGACUCAGUUCAAGUAGUUUUUACAAUAUGUACAGCAGUUCUUGCAACAAUAGCUUUUGCUUUCCUCCUCCUCCCGAUGUGCCAGUAUUUAACAAGACCCUGUUCACCUCAGAAUAAGAUUUCCUUUGGUUGCUGUGGGCGUUUCACUGCUGCUGAAUUACUAUCAUUCUCUCUGUCUGUCAUGCUCGUCCUUAUUUGGGUUCUCACUGGCCAUUGGCUUCUCAUGGAUGCCCUGGCCAUGGGUCUCUGUGUCGCCAUGAUCGCCUUUGUCCGCCUGCCCAGCCUCAAGGUGUCCUGCCUGCUUCUCUCAGGGCUUCUAAUCUACGAUGUCUUUUGGGUGUUUUUCUCUGCCUACAUCUUCAAUAGCAAUGUCAUGGUGAAGGUGGCCACGCAACCGGCUGACAAUCCCCUUGACGUUCUAUCCCGGAAGCUCCACCUGGGGCCCAAUGUUGGGCGCGAUGUUCCUCGCCUGUCCCUGCCUGGAAAACUGGUCUUCCCAAGCUCCACUGGCAGUCAUUUCUCUAUGUUGGGCAUUGGGGACAUCGUGAUGCCUGGACUCCUGUUGUGCUUUGUCCUUCGUUACGACAACUACAAAAAACAAGCCAAUGGUGACUCCUGCGGUGCCUCGGGACCUGCCAAUAUCUCUGGACGCAUGCAGAAGGUCUCCUACUUUCACUGCACCCUCAUUGGAUACUUUGUAGGUCUGCUCACUGCAACCGUGGCGUCCCGCAUUCACCGAGCGGCCCAGCCCGCCCUUCUCUAUUUGGUGCCAUUCACCUUAUUGCCGCUCCUCACGAUGGCCUAUUUAAAGGGUGACCUUCGGCGAAUGUGGUCUGAGCCAUUCCACUCCAAGUCCAGCAGCUCCCGAUUCCUGGAAGUAUGAUGGAUCCCAGAGAGUGACCAGAAUGACCAUCUGAGUCCUUUUCUGUCAGCGCGUGGUUUUGUUUCCUCUUAGAGCUGGCCUGGUACUUGGAGAUGUACCUGUAUAGGGAACUGAUGUGUGACUGGAUUUUGCGUUUGCAGGGAGCUUGUUUGCAGGAGCGAGGUGCUGGAGCCCUGCUUGGUUCUUUCUCUUCCUGCCGUUGUAGAGGCGGAUCCCCUCCUGAAGUGACAGGCCCUCCCCAGCGCUCCUUCCUCCCCCGUUUUUAUGAACCUGCACCAGACUGUUACCUGUGGGGGAUGGAGAUAGGACUGUUUAAAACUGACCACGGCGAGGAGUCGUUCUAUACCUUUUGAACACUAAAAGGAUGAAAAAUAUUAGCAAACCGAAGUUUCUUCAGUGAACCCUCAAGAACUUUGGGACCAGUUUCCUAUGGGGGACUCCGUUUCAGAGAACUGAGACAGAAGAGCUUCUGUCGUUAUAUUCUUUCCUUUUUCUGGAUUUAUUAAAUAUUUUCUGUGGUG